UGACCCGGGCUGCGGCGCGCGGCAUUGAGCCGUCAUGGUGGGUCAGAUGUACUGCUCCUCCGGCAGCCCCCUGGCCCGGGCCCUGACGCGGGCGCUGGCGCUGGCCCUGGUGCUGGCCCUGCUGGUAGGGCUGUUCCUGAGCGGCCUGGCGGGGGCGAUCCCGGCGCCGGGGGGCCGCUGGGCGCACGAUGGGCCGGUCACUCCAGCCUCCCGCAGCCGCUCGGUGCUACUGGACGCCGCAACGGGCCAGCUGCUUCUGGUGGACGGCCGCCACCCUGACGCCGUGGCCUGGGCCAACCUCACCAAUUCCAUCCACGAGACCGGGUGGGCCUUUCUGGAGCUGGGCACGAGUGGCGGAUACAAUGACAGCUUGCAGGCCUAUGCAGCCGGCGUGGUGGAGGCUGCUGUGUCGGAGGAGCUCAUCUACAUGCACUGGAUGAACACGGUGGUGAAUUACUGCGGCCCCUUUGAGUAUGAAGUUGGCUACUGUGAGAGGCUGAAGAGCUUCCUGGAGGCCAACCUGGAGUGGAUGCAGGAAGAGAUGGAGUCAAAUCCAGACUCAGCUUACUGGCACCAGGUGCGGCUGACCCUCCUGCAGCUGAAAGGCCUGGAGGACAGCUACGAAGGCCGUGUGAGCUUCCCAGCUGGGAAGUUCACCAUCAAACCCUUGGGGUUCCUCCUGCUACAGCUCUCUGGGGACCUGGAAGACCUGGAGCUGGCCCUGAACAAGACCAAGAUCAAACCUUCUCUGGGCUCCGGCUCCUGCUCUGCACUCAUCAAGCUGCUCCCUGGCCAGAGUGACCUCCUGGUUGCCCACAAUACCUGGAACAACUACCAGCACAUGCUGCGUGUCAUCAAGAAGUACUGGCUCCAGUUCCGGGAAGGCCCCCAGGGGGACUCCCCGCUGGUUCCCGGCAACAAGCUGGUCUUCUCCUCCUACCCCGGCACCAUCUUCUCCUGCGACGACUUCUACAUCCUGGGCAGCGGGCUGGUAACACUGGAGACCACCAUUGGCAACAAGAACCCAGCCCUGUGGAAGUACGUGCGGCCCAGGGGCUGUGUGCUGGAGUGGGUACGCAACAUUGUGGCCAACCGCCUGGCCUCGGAUGGGGCCACCUGGGCAGACAUCUUCAAGAGGUUCAACAGCGGCACGUAUAACAACCAGUGGAUGAUUGUGGACUACAAGGCGUUCAUCCCGGGUGGGCCCAGCCCCGGGAGCCGGGUGCUCACCAUCCUGGAGCAGAUCCCCGGCAUGGUGGUGGUGGCCGACAAGACCUCGGAACUCUACCAGAAGACCUACUGGGCCAGCUACAACAUACCGUCCUUCGAGACUGUGUUCAAUGCCAGUGGGCUGCAGGCCCUCGUGGCCCAGUAUGGGGACUGGUUUUCUUAUGACGGGAGCCCCCGGGCCCAGAUCUUCCGGCGGAACCAGUCCCUGGUACAAGACAUGGACUCCAUGGUCAGGCUGAUGAGGUACAAUGACUUCCUCCAUGACCCCCUGUCACUGUGCAAAGCCUGUGACCCACAGCCCAAUGGGGAGAAUGCUAUCUCUGCCCGCUCUGACCUCAACCCGGCCAAUGGCUCCUACCCUUUCCAGGCCCUGCGUCAGCGCUCCCAUGGGGGCAUCGAUGUGAAGGUGACCAGCACGUCGCUGGCCAGGAUCCUGGGCCUGCUGGCGGCCAGCGGUCCCACGUGGGACCAGGUGCCCCCGUUCCAGUGGAGUACUUCGCCCUUCAGCGGCCUGCUGCAUAUGGGCCAGCCAGACCUCUGGAAGUUCGCGCCUGUCAAGGUUUCGUGGGACUGAGGCUCUGUCCCUGCUCUGCUGCUUUCGCCCCUGCUGACCCUCGGCAGGGCCACCCCGUCCCAAGGCCACCGGACCUCCAACCCCAGCCCCUUCUGGGGGCUUUGUUCUCUGAUCUGGGGUCUGAAUUAUCUCCUCCUAGGGUGGGGCACGAACCUGAUGGGGCUCAGAACUGACUCCCUCUCUCCCCCGAGGUGGGUGGGCACCACGGUGUCUCCUCUGCCCCCGCCCUGCAUCUCCCACUCUCUGUUUCUCUCUGUUUCCUGCUGCUGCUCUCUCGAUCUCAUUCCCACCCCUGGGGCCCCUUCCUCGUGCUUCUCCUUCCUGAGGGCUUGGGAAGGUCCUGGGGUCAGACUCUGGGGCUCCCAUGGGGUGGGAGGAGCCUGUUACAGCACCCUUCUCCCAGCUGCAUUCCCACGGGUGGCCCUGGAGCUGGUGAGUUUUGUCUGGGCAUUGUCUCCGGCUGGCGUUGCUCCUCCCAGCUCUGGCCCCUCUGCUCCCUCAGGAAGCAGUCCCUUCGUCUCCCUUUCUGGACAGCUUCCUUGAGGACAGAAACUUGAAAACAAACACAAACCAAAGUUUCUGGCCAUCUGUGGCUGGAGGGUUCUGAAUGUCCUCUCUCCAUGUCAGGCAGAGGGUCAGCCCCCAUGCUUCUGCCUCAGGCCCCCACCCCACCCCAGGCCUGUCCCUCACCUCAGGGCCAUGCCCACAGCGCCCUGAUGGAGGAACCAGACUGCAGGCUGUGCCACCAUUAAACAAGAGUGGCUCUGGCCCCAUGCUGUGCUUCUUGGGGUGGCAGGGAAGCCGGGGUCAGCGCCUUUUUUCCUCUCAGGUUUGCGUUCUGUGCCAUCAUCCCCCAUGCAGCCUCCUGUACAGCCCUCUGUCUGUCCUUCUGUCCAUUCACUCAUCUGCCAACAUACUCACCCGUCAUCCAUCUGCACAGCCUCCCACCCACCCAUCCAUCUUCCAUCCAUCCACCCACCUACCUAUCCAUUUAUCAUCCAUCCACCCCGCCAUCCACCCACCCAUCCAACCAUCCAAUCAUCCAGCCAACCAUUCAGCCAUCUCUAUCUGUCCAUUUUCUUUCUUUUCUUCCUUUCCUUUCCUUUUCUUUUUCCUUUUUCCUCAUUUCUUUCCUUUCCUUUCCCUUCCUUUUCUUUUCUUUUCUUUUUUCUUUUCUUUCUUAGGGAGUUUCACUCUGUUGCCCAGGCUGGAGUGCAAUGGUGCAAUCUCUGCUCACUGCAACUUCUGCUUCCCGGGUUCAAGUGAUUCUCCUGCCUUAGCUUCCCGAGUAGCUGGGGUUACAGGCAUGAGCCACCAUGCCUGGCUAAUUUUGUAUUUUUAGUAGAGACGGGGUUUCACCAUGUUGGUCAGGCUGGUCUUGAAUUCCUGACCUCAGGUGAUCCGCCCAUCUUGGCCUCCCAAAGUGCUGGGAUUACAGGUGUGAGCCCCCGUGCCUGGCCUCAUCUGUCCAUUUUCCAUCCACUUACCCACCCACCCAUUUAUUCAUCCAGCCAUUCACUCAUCCAUCCACCAAUGAGAUCAGACAGGGAGGGAGGUUUUUAUGUAUUGAUCUGUACACCACAGCAUGGCUUACGAAGUUCUUACCUAUCUAUUAUCCAUCCACCCACCCAUUUAUCUACCCACCCAUUCAUCCACCCGCCCAUCUAACUACCUAUCCAUCCAUCCACCCACCCACCAACCCAUCCAUCCAUCUACCCACCCAGUCAUCUACCCACUCACCUAUCCACCCAUCCACCUACCUAUUUGUCACCCAUCCACCCAUCCAUCCAUCCAAUCACCCAUCCAACCAUCCAUCCAACCAUUUUCAUCUGUUCAUUUUCCAGCCAUCUACCCGUUCACCCAUUCACUCCUCCUUCCACCUACCUAUCCAUUUAUCACCUAUCUACCUAUCCAUCCACCCACUCACCCAUCUAUCCAUCCUUCUAACCAUUUAUCCACCUAUCUAACCAUUUCCAUCUGUUCAUUUUCCAUCCAUCUACCCACACAUUCACUCAUCCAUCUACCUACCUAUCCAUUUAUCAUCCAUCUACACACUCACCCAUCCAUCCAUCCUUCCGACCAUUUAUCCACCCAUCCAACCAUUUCCAUCUGUUCAUUUUCCAUCCAUCUACCCAUCCACCCAUUCACUCAUCUAUCCACCUAUCCAUUUAUCACCUAUAUACCCAUCCAUCCACUCACUCAUCCAUCCAUCCAUCCAUCCAUUCAUCUACCCACCCACCCAUCCAUCCACCCACCUAUUCAUUUAUCACCCAUUCAUCCACACCCAUUCAUUCAUAUCCAUCCAUCCAUUCAUUCAUCCAGAUGUUUAUGGAGCACCUAUGUUCUGGGUCCUAUUUGGGAGCCUUGUUAACCACCAAGACCUUCCUAAGCCAUAUUGUGGUGUACAGACUGAUACAAAAAGAGGCUCUCUCCCUGUCUGAUCUCAUGCAGCCUGCCUUGGAGACAAGACUCUCCCAGUGUUGUGUGCUUGGAGAGAGGAAAGCACACAGCCCUGGAGUCAGAGACCUGGGUUUGAAUUCUGUCUCCACCUCUUACUAGCUAGCUAUGGACUCAACCUCUCUGAGCCUCGAUUACCUCAUCUGUGAAAUGGGGUAAUGGUGUGAGCAGCGUUUCCCUGGGGGAUGUGAUGCAGCCCAUACGGGGCCUCAUGCAGUCAGCAUCUCUUCAUUAGCAAACACUUAUUGAACCCCUAGUACAUGCCAGGCACUGUUAUGAGGUCCAGGGGAUACUUUAUAACAAAAGGGACCAAAGCGUCCCUGCUCUUGUGAAGUUUACAUUGGGGAGAUAGUAAAAAAAAAAAAAAAA